AUGUCAUGCUGGAGUAAUGCGGUCACUGCUGUCAGGCACCUCCUUGUUGAUGAAGUGCAUACUACUAAGUUUUCUAUGCUUGUUCCCCUGUCUUGCACUGUGAUGGUGCUGGAAAUUAUCCUUGAACACUCUAGCUCAGUCUCGUUUGAACCCCCAGCUUUCAAAAGCUGGGGGUUCAAACGAGCUACAUUACAUCAUGUCACAAAGUUGAUAUACCGUCAUCACUUUGCUGUCAAUGCUCUCAGUGUCCUCUCUGUUUCUGGUUUACAAGUAACCGAGUUCAUCAAGAAGCUACUAGCAUGUAGUGUGCAGGGAAAGCAGACAUUGGAUGUCUUACAUGCUCAGGAACAUGUCUUGUAUGACACCUUCCUGUAUCUCCCUGAUACCAUUACUUUCAUUCACUGGGCCAACAUAUCUCACCCUACUUCAUCCCAGGCACCUACAUUUAUGAUAUUUCUCAAGCAUUAUGUCCUUUGCUUGAAGGUUCACAUAUGGGAUAUGUCAGAGGAGCGGGAACCACAGUGA